AUGUCUGCUCAACAGCCUCGUUUCGAGACUCUCCAGCUCCACGCAGGCCAGGAACCUGACCCCACAACCAACGCUCGCGCGGUGCCCAUCUAUGCCACCACCUCAUACUCCUUCAAUGACUCCGCUCACGGCGCGAGGCUGUUUGGCCUCCAAGAAUUCGGAAACAUCUACAGUCGCAUCAUGAAUCCCACGGUCGAUGUCUUCGAAAAGCGCAUUGCGGCCCUCGAAGGCGGCGUGGCUGCGGUUGCCGCCUCUUCCGGUCAGGCCGCGCAGUUCAUGGCCGUCGCCGCCCUGGCCCACGCGGGGGACAACAUUGUCUCCACCAGCAACCUCUACGGUGGCACCUACAACCAAUUCAAGGUCAUGCUCCCUCGCUUGGGGAUCAACACCAAAUUCGUACAGGGUGAUAAUCCUGAGGAUAUCGGUGCGGCCAUUGAUGACCGCACCAAGGCGGUUUACGUCGAGACCAUCGGGAACCCUCGGUACAAUGUUCCGGAUUUUGAAGCGAUCGCCAAGGUUGCGCACGAAAAGGGUGUUCCUCUAGUUGUUGACAACACGUUCGGAGCCGGCGGUUACUUCUGUCGUCCAAUCGAACAUGGCGCUGACAUUGUCGUCCACAGCGCCACCAAGUGGAUCGGCGGGCACGGUACCACCAUUGGCGGCAUUGUCGUGGACAGCGGGAAAUUCGACUGGGGCAAGCACGCCGCGCGAUUCCCCCAGAUGGUCGAGCCCUCGGAAGGCUACCACGGCCUGAAGUUCUGGGAGACGUUCGGUCCCCUGGCGUUUGCGCUUCGCGUGCGGGUGGAGAUCCUCCGUGACCUCGGAUCGGCACUGAACCCGUUCGCUGCCCAGCAGCUCCUGCUCGGCAUCGAGACGCUCAGUCUGCGUGGUGAGCGCCACGCGACCAACGCCGUCGCCCUGGCCAACUGGCUCCGCAAGAACGAGAAUGUCAGCUGGGUGUCCUACCCCGGUCUGGAAGACCACCCCAGCCACGAGACUGCCAAGCGCUACCUGCCCCGCGGUUUCGGAGGCGUCCUCUCCUUCGGCGUCAAGGGCGGUGCCACUGCCGGUAGCCAAGUCGUGGACGGGUUCAAGUUGAUCUCGAACCUUGCCAACGUCGGCGACUCCAAGACCCUGGCUAUCCACCCCUGGUCCACGACGCACCAGCAGCUCAGCAACCAGGAGCGUCUCAAUUCCGGCGUGACGGAAGACGCGAUCCGCAUCUCGGUCGGCACAGAGCACAUCGACGACAUCAUCGCCGACUUCGAGCAGUCCUUCAAGGCAUCGAGCGCUGUGAACGCCGGCCAGUAA